AAUAAGAUAAACCGUCACUGAAGUCAAAAUUAAACGUCAAUGUCACUAAGAAAGUGCGGCAAAAGAUUAACGACAGAAUAGACAGGCGAAUUGAAGAGUUUUUUUUUAUUUGUUGACUCAUUUUUAUAUACAAAACGUUAAAGAUGGACAUCGAUACUUAUAAAAGCAACCUAAAUACAGUUAAGGAACUUAUACUAGAUGAAAACAAGAUAGUUACAUAUGUUUCUCUUAGUAAGGAUCUGUGCAUACAUGUAAACGAUGCAAAAUCUUUGCUGCAUCAAAUAGUGCAAGAUAUUAGGAAAGAUCGACCUUCAACUAAACUCUAUGUAUGUUAUAUUAUAUCUGGUCUGCAAGGUAAUAACUGUGGAAUUACUACAGUAUGUACUGAAGACGAUGUAGAGAAAAUUAAGAAAUCAUUAAAAUUAGUAUUCUAUGAUCACGUUUACUGCGUCAGUCGAGGACUCCAGGCAGCUGAUAAUGCCGUGCUGUCGUCAUUGAAUCGAUUUGAAGACUUAUCUUUAUGCACUGGAUUAAUUAAAAGUGAUAUUUGUACUAAAAGAACAGAGAAUGAAUUAGGUAGUUUGAUAUCUAAAAAACGUACUCCUAUUGUGGAGCCUAAAACUCCUAGCAUACAGCAUAAGAAAUCUAAUGAAAAAGUGAAAGAAAUUGUUAAAAGUAGCAUUGAAAAUUUUGCAAAAUUGUCUUCUGUCAAACCAGAACCUAAAAUUAAAAGUGAGCCUGAAAAAGAUGUCCAAAACAAUCCUAAAACACCACCGAAGAACAAGAAUAAUAAAACACCUCCAAAAAGUAGUAACAACAAACCAGCUGGAAAAGGAAUUGCAGGGUUUUUCAACAAGUCAAAUGGUGUUUCAAGUAAAGUUAAAAGUUCAGAGCCAAAAUCACAAACACCUGUUGAGAAUGUCAAAAUUAAAGAUGAGCCAUUGCAUUCCAACAGCAACUUGACUUCUGUUGAAGAAUCACCCGCAAAGAAAUCAAAAGAAGUAACAAAUCAUAAUAAAUCACUUACACUAAUUAAGAAGAAUGCUAAAGUUGAUAAGAAACGGAAGCGAGUUCUGCAUGUGUCAGAUAGUGAAAGUGAUACUGAGGCCAAUGAUCCAUUUGCCAAUGAAAUGGAUGUUGAUCAUGAGUCUGAGGAUGAAAUCCCCCCCACACCCACAAUAAACACAGUGAAAAUAACGUCAGGUAUAGUGAACCCCAAAAAACGGAGAAAGAUUGUAGACAAAACUUAUACUGAUGAAGAAGGAUAUAUUCUAACCAAAAAAGAAGAAGUGUAUGAGAGUUGCUCAGAUAAUGAAGAAAACACAAAAGAAAAUGAUAAUGAAGCUAAAGAAAAUGGAGUUAAAGAGAAGAAUGUUAAAAAAUUUGAAAGUAGUAAAAAUACAAGUGGAAAUCGUGAUCAAGUAAAACAAACAGUAAUAAAUGAGAUAUCUCCCAAACAAAAUAAGAAGAAAAAGGUUUCACCAACACAAAAAGGAAACCAAAAAACAAUAAACAGCUUUUUCAAAAAACUCUAGUUUAUUGGUUCACAAAAUUGUAUAAAUCAUGGAGUUAUUUUAAACAAUGUCUGAUCGUUUUUGUUUUGUUGUAUCAAUAUUGAGAUUUACUUCAUAAGUUCUGGUUAAGACACACAACUUGUUUUCUUUAUUGUAUUACAUUAAUUCUUAAAAUAUAAUUAUGUUGGCAGUGUAA